UUAAAUGCGAGCAGCUCUUAUAUUGCAGUGGUGUUUUCCCUGUGGAAUUCCGGCUCUAGGCCUUCGGCUAACAUUGGCUGCUAAGGCGGCUAAAUACACAAGACAGAGGGAAGCAAGUACUUGACGGUAGCUAGCAGUGCCACUAGCUAGCUCAUCCAUGGAUAUGUGCCCGGUUGGCGGCUGCGACCGCCGGGAACCACGUCGUUUGUGCGCGGUGACCGGUGGGCGGGGAUUCAUGGCGAGUCACCUGGUGACGGCGCUGCUCGGCUCGGGAGAUUGGUGUGUGCGGAUCACCGACCUUGGCCCCCAGGCUGCCCUGUCUCCUGCCGAGAGUGAUGGACUCCUGGGCGCUGCCCUCCGCGAUGGCCGCGCCGCCUACUUCUCUGUCGACGUCUGCGAAUUAGCCCAGCUUACAAAAGCUUUGGAAGGGGUAGAUACUGUUUUCCACACUGCUGCGGCGGAUCAUACCAACAACAACUUCCAACUUCAUUACAAGGUUAAUGUCGAGGGUACAAGGAAUGUCAUCGAGGCUUGUAACACAUGCAAGGUUAAAACACUCAUAUAUACUAGUUCCAGUGGAGUUGUAUUCGAUGGAGUUCAUGGCCUCUUUGGCGUAGACGAAUCUACACCGUAUCCAGAUAAGUUUCCCGACGCAUACACAGAGACAAAGGCAGAAGCAGAAAAGAUGGUGAUAAAGUCCAACGGAAGAAAUGAGCUUCUCACUUGCUGUAUACGUCCUGGCAGCAUUUUUGGUCCUGGAGACACGAUAGUGCCAAUUUUAGUAUCUUAUGGAGGAAUGAUGAUCAUUGUUGGUGAUGGCAAGAAUUGUGAUGAUUUUGUAUAUGUUGAGAAUGUAGCGCAUGGUCAUGUAUGUGCUGAGAAAACUCUUUCUACCAUAGACGGUGCAAAGAGAAGUGGAGGCAAAGCCUAUUUUAUAACAAAUAUGGAGCCUGUAAAUAUGUGGGACUUUGUUUAUAUGAUUUUGGAAGAACUUGGAUACAAAAGCCGAUUCAGAUUAAGAAUACCUUCAUAUUUUCUCAAGCCAAUAACAUAUCUGGUAGAUUGGAGCUACCAUAAUAUAUUCUCUCACUAUGGAAUGCGUCAACCUGGCAUGCUAACUUCCGCAAGCAUUAAGUAUGCGACGCUGAAUAGAACAUUCAACUGCAACAAUGCUGCUCAACAACUUGGUUACAAACCAAUAGUGUCACUCAAGGUUGUUACGUCAUCUUCUAUUGAUUCACUAUAUGUACUUAGUAUUUUUUUAAUUUAAUUUUCUAACACUUUUUGUGAUCUCCAUUGUUAGGAGGGAGUAAAGAUGACUACUGAUUUCUACAGGCGAUUAAGAGCAUGAGAUAUGCACAUUUUUAUUUUAGAAGAAAGAGGGUGCACAAUUAAGAAACGUCAACUGUCUACACCAAGCAAUGUCUAGAUAUCUGUCUUUCUAUUAGUGGUUGAAAUGUGGUGGCAAUACUGGACCAUAAUAAGAUUCACAAUCUAUUGCACAUAUUACCAUGAAUAGUGCGCCAAGAAAAGAACACAUACAUGUAAUAGUUGAAAUUAAUUACUUUGAUGUGUGGU